AGAGGUAACGCGCUGUCGGGCGGUUCGGACUGCGAAGGGGAAAAAAAAAAUCUAUCGACGAUAUAAUUAUAACAAUCGCGACCGCCUCGGCGACCUUUUGCUGCAAAACGUCAACGGGCAGUUGGAUUUAUUAGUCGCGCGUUCACUUUGUGGUGCAACAUCUCAAAUGGCUGAAGAAGACAGCAAAGUUGUAGCAGUAGGAGAGGAUGAGAUGGAAGAAGUGGAUGAUGAAGAAACGGAGGCGUGUGCAGGAGAUCAAGACAAGAAAGUGAAACAGCUGACAGCUCAGAUGAUGAAGAAUCCGCAGGUUUUGGCUGCACUGCAAGAGAGACUGGAUGGGCUGUCAGGCACUCCAUCUGGCUACAUCGAGAGUUUACCAAAGGUUGUGAAGAGGAGAGUGACAGCCCUGAAGAACUUGCAGGUGAAGUGUGCACUGAUCGAAGCAAAGUUUUACGAGGAGGUCCAUGAUCUUGAGAGGAAGUACGCAGCCCUGUACCAGCCGCUCUUUGACAGGAGGAGAGACAUUGUAACUGCCUUGGUGGAACCUGAUGAUGCGGAAUGUGAGUGGCCGAAUGACAAGGAAGAAGACCUUGUGGAUGAAGUGAAGGAGAAAGCAAAGCUUGAGGAAGAGAAAAAGGAAAAAGAGGAAGAUCCCAAGGGCAUCCCAGAAUUCUGGCUGACUGUGUUUAAAAAUGUGGACAUGCUCGGUGACCUUGUGCAGGAAUAUGAUGAGCCAAUUCUUAGGUAUUUAAAGGAUGUACGUGUGCAGUUUUCCGAAGCAGGACAGCCAAUGAGCUUCUUGUUGGAGUUUCAUUUUGAGGAGAAUGAGUACUUCACCAACACAGUUCUGACCAAGUUGUACAAAAUGAAAGCGGAGCCCGAUUUGGACGAUCCCUUUUCCUUCGAAGGACCAGAAAUCACGACGUGCACGGGGUGCAAGAUCGACUGGAAGAAGGGCAAGAACAUCACUGUGAAGACCAUCAAGAAGAAACAAAAGCACAAGGGCAGGGGCACCAUUCGUACAGUCACCAAAACGGUGGCCAAUGAGUCCUUCUUUAACUUCUUCAGCCCACCUGAAGUUCCUGAAGAUUCAGAUGGGCCUGAGGACGAAGAGGCCGAAACACAGCUCGCGACAGAUUUUGAGAUUGGGCACUUUUUCCGGGAGAGGAUUGUGCCCAGGGCGGUGCUUUACUUCACUGGGGAGGCCAUUGAGGACGAGGAUGACUAUGAUGAAGAGGGAGAAGAUGGAGAGGAGGGUGAGGAGGAGGGAGAUGAAGAGGAUGAUGACCCGGACUAUGAACCUUCGGCGGAUAGCAAGCAGCCUGCCGAGUGCAAGCAGCAGUGAGAGGACAGUUCCCAUCUUCAAAAGUUGUCAAUUAUAUCGCUAUAAGCUUGGCUUAGCUUUAAACUGGCAUGAUAUUUGUUUCUGCUGAAGAGUUAUGUUUGUGUUCACGGUUUAUUGUUUUGUUUUUGAAAUGUGAAUUGCCUAGUUAGAAAUGCAAACCAGCUUAAUAAAAAAAAGUAUGGCUCUUUUGUUACAGGUAAAGUUAAGCCGCACUUUAACCCAUGCAAGUUUAUAACAUUUAUCUUUCAAUAAUUCACGUAGCUUUUGAUGUUCACAUGUGGAAGUUGCCCAAAUAAAAUCUUUAAUCCAAA